AGGGACGGUUCACAUUUUUCGCCACCUCAGUGGCAUUACCAGUGGCUGCGUGUAAGUGUAGUGUUUCCUCGUCAAAAUGAACGCGGUCGGUAGCUACGAAGUGCGGACGCGGCUGCUCUAUACGUCGCGAAUCGGAACAGUGUUUCUGCUACUGAUCGAUGCAAGCAUCUGGCUGCAGCGACCCGACAUUGUAGACUUCCACCACCGUGUGCAACCCAUUCCCGGCCCGUUUGUGCAGGACAUCUACGACUUUGUGGUGGUGGGAGCUGGAUCUGCCGGUGCCGUGAUGGCCGCACGGCUCUCCGAAAUCUGCCACUGGGACGUGCUGUUGCUGGAGGCCGGCACGGACGAGUCGUUCCUGACCGACAUACCGUUCCUCUAUCCGACGCUGCAGACGUCGCGCGUCGAUUGGAAGUUUCGCACGGAACCGUCCGAUCGGUUCUGUCUCGCAAUGAAAGAUCAGCGGUGCCGGUGGCCACGCGGCAAAGCACUCGGCGGCAGCUCAACGAUCAACGCAAUGCUGUACGUGCGCGGCAACCCGCGAGACUUUGACGCCUGGCGUGACCUGGGCAAUCCGGGCUGGAGCUACGACGAUAUGCUGCCGUACUUUCUCAAGCUGGAAGAUAUGCGCGAUCCACGGUACGCCAAUCUAUCGUACCAUGGGCGGGGUGGUCCGAUCAGUGUGGAACGGUUCCGUUACCAUACGCCACUGCGCAACCAUCUGCUGGCGGGGCUGGAGGAGAUGGGCCUUACCAACCGGUACGGCGAAGUGAAUGGGCCGAUGCAGAGUGGUUUUGCCGUACCGCACGGUUCCAUCCGCAAUGGGUUACGGUGCAGCACGGCGAAGGGUUAUUUGCGGCCGGCAGCGGCGCGUAAGAAUCUUCACAUAUCCACCAAAACGAUGGUCGAGCGCGUUUUGAUCGAUCCAAACGAUCGGCGCGCCUACGGUGUACAGUUCGAGAAGGGUGGCCGACGGUACCAGGUGAUGGUGUCGAAGGAAGUGAUUCUAUCAGCCGGUGCGCUUAACAGCCCGCAGCUACUGAUGCUGUCCGGAAUAGGACCAAGGGAGGAGCUCGAACGCCAUGGCAUUCGUGUGAUCCAAGAUCUGCCCGGCGUAGGACAGAACAUGCAGGAUCACGUGGCAACCGGUGCGGGGGGCUACACGAUACGACCACCACCGGGCAGUCCCCCGCUAGCGUACGAUUUUGGCGACGCAGUGGGCGUUGAUACGCUGAGACGGUUCCUCUUUAACGAGGACGGCAUGCUGUACGGUAUGUCGCUGUGUGAGGUUAUGGGUUUCCUGAACACCAAGUACCAAGAUCCGGAACUCGAUUGGCCCGAUGUAGAGCUGUUUCUCGCCAGCCUGUCCGAUCUAACCGAUGGCGGACGGUUCGGGAAGCGAGGUUCGGGUAUCAGCAACAACUACUACGCGCAGGUGUACGAGGAGCAGGUGUAUCAAAACUCGUACAUGGUCAUACCAAUGUUAUCGCGCCCGCUCAGCACCGGAUGGUUGGAGCUGGCAAGUAAAAAUCCACACGAUCACAUCCGUAUCCAUCCCAACUAUUUUGACAACCCGAAGGAUAUGAUGGUACUGAUCGAGGGUCUGAAGUUCGCCGAAGCCCUUGCUAAUACGACGGCGAUGCGCAACAUCAACGCUACCCUGCUUGAUUACUCUAGGUCAGCCUGCCGAGCGAGUAAUUUUCUCAACAAAGACGAUUUCUACACCUGUCUGGUGCGACACUACACCCAGACAAUCUAUCAUCCGUGCGGCACGGCCAAGAUGGGCCCGGUCACCGAUCCAAUGGCAGUGGUUGAUCGGUUUCUACGCGUGCACCACAUUGGCGGACUGCGCGUAGUUGAUGCGAGCAUCUUUCCCGUCAUUACCACGGGAAACACGAACGUGCCUACGAUUGCGACCGGAGAGAAAGCGGCGGAUCUCGUUAAGGCAGCGUACGCAGCCGAUCUACGAGCGCACGCCGAUACGCUGCGGGAGUGUAAGACACUGCACACAGACUAUUCUGCCAAAGCGAUGGAGGAGAGCCAGGCAGUAUAAGUUGAAAUGGAAUGGAAAGGAACGGAAGAAAUUUGUUUCUCCCAUGCAUUUUGAAAUUAAUUUCGUUUCAAGGAGAUGGUUCUUGGAAUUGUGGGAUGAUAUGCAAAGAUAUCAUUUAUUGAAUGCCUGAUCGAUAAUAGGAAAAUCAUAUGUAAAUACACAAACUAAUUAUGUAUAUUCUUCACAUUGUGGAAUAAUCUGAAAUAAUAAUCUGGAAUAAGCAGGAGAUA